UAUAAUUCAUAUUAUUUUCUUACUAGGGUUGCUCAAUUGCUCCUAACUUACCACAAUUCUUAAUUCAUUGGAACCUUUAAGCUUAAAAGUCUUCUUAUCUUUUCUUCCUUUGUCCACGUCUAUAUUUAUUAUUCUUAGAUUUUAUUGGUUGUGUAUAUCAAUUCUCAAGUACCUUGUCAACAUAUCUUUUGUUUAUCUGUUUUGUUGCUAUUCCACCAAUCUGACCUUCCUAAGGAAACUUUUUUUUUAAUAUAUUAAGGAGACAUCAAGAGGUUGUCUUGCUUGCCCCUUUGGGUUGCCUAUAAUCAAAUUUCUCUGCUUCUUGGUCAAAAGCCUUACCCGGGUUUCUGUCUCUGUCUCCAAGAGCAUCAUCAUCAUCAUCCUCAUCUGCCAGAAGUUGCACCAGCGAAGACAUCCUAGAAGGUUCAACGAGAUUUCAUCAGUGAGCAUUCAUUUUACUAUUUCUCAAGACUGAAAUUUUGUAUGAGCUGAGUGAAUAAAAGGAGAACUAUGUCAUUGGUUAUAUCUACAGAGUUGGCUGAUGCAUCAUAUAGGAAUGCCAAGCUCUACACACUAAAGGGAACUGAUGUUACACCUGAUCUGUCCUCCCACAAUUUUGUUCCGGAUAAGCACAGAAACAUGUAUAUCACAGAUUCUUACUCCAGUGAGAAUUAUGAAAAGUACUUCCGUGAUUCACCAUCAGAAGAACUGAUAGAACCGUCUAGUUCCAGCAUAUCAGGAAACUCAGUUCACCCUGACUCUUCUUACCUUCUCCGAGCUAGUUCAGGAGCUUCUGUGAUUGUUAAUAACCCGUUCGACAGUCGUAUCUUGUCUACAAGGCAUCACAAUGCCUAUCAGUCCAGUUUUGAAUCAGAUUUUCUGGAAAAUAGGAGCCCUGAUGGCCUUGACUUUGAUGGUGAAAUGAGAUUAAAAUUACAAGAAUUGGAGAAGGCUUUGUUUUCGGAUGAAGAAGAGGAGGAGGAAGACAUAUUUGAGACUGCCCAAAUCAUGGACAUUGAUCCUGACAUGGCUGAGUGGGCCAAUCCACUUCAAGGUAUGCUACUUCAUGACUCACCAAAGGAGUCCUCAUCCUCUGAUUCUUCCAAUAUUAGCAGCAUAAGUAGCACCACCAAAGAAACUUCACAGAACUCACCCCAGACCCCCAAACAAUUACUUUAUGAAUGUGCUAGAGCGCUUUCAGAAGGAAAUGAAGAGCAAGCCAAAUCUAUGAUAAACAAUCUCAGGCAAAUGGUCUCAAUUCAGGGGGAACCUUCUCAAAGAAUUGCAGCCUACAUGGUGGAAGGGCUUGCAGCUCGCGUUGCUUCAUCCGGAAAAUGCAUCUAUCAAGCAUUGAGAUGCAAAGAACCUCCUUCUUCAGAUCGUCUUGCAGCUAUGCAGAUCCUAUUUGAGGUCUGCCCGUGUUUUAAAUUCGGAUUCAUCGCUGCAAAUGGUGCUAUAGUUGAGGCUGUUAGAGAUGAAAAGAAGGUUCACAUAAUAGACUUUGACAUCAGCCAAGGAACACAGUACAUAACUCUAAUACAAGCACUUGCUUCAAUGCCAGGUAGGCGACCUCAUGUGAGAUUAACUGGGGUGGAUGAUCCUGAGACUGUGCAGCGCUCUGUUGGUGGCAUGAACAUCAUAGGAAAAAGGCUUGAAAAGCUGGCAGAGGAACUUGGAUUGUCAUUUGAGUUUCGAGCAGUGGCUUCAAAGACCUCAAUUGUCUCACCAUCAAUGCUCAAUUGUCGUCCGGGAGAAGCACUUGUAGUGAACUUUGCAUUCCAGCUUCAUCACAUGCGUGAUGAAACUGUAUCCACAGUGAACGAGAGAGACCAACUUCUUCGCAUGGUUAAGUGCUUGAAUCCAAAACUUGUGACAAUUGUGGAGCAGGACAUGAACACCAACACCUCCCCUUUUCUCCAAAGAUUUGUUGAAGCAUACAAUUACUACUCUGCUGUGUUUGACACUCUUGAUGCAACUCUGCCUAGGGAGAGCCAGGACAGGAUGAAUGUUGAAAGGCAAUGCUUGGCAAAGGACAUUGUCAACAUUGUGGCUUGUGAGGGCGAGGAUCGAAUAGAACGGUACGAAGUUGCCGGAAAAUGGAGGGCAAGAUUGACCAUGGCUGGCUUCACUCCAUGUCCAAUGAGCACAAAUGUUAGAGAAGCAAUUAGGAAACUCAUAAUUACACAGUACUGUGACAGGUUCAAGAUAAAGGAGGAAAAGGGAGCACUUCAUUUUGGGUGGGAAGACAAAAACUUAAUUGUUACUUCAGCAUGGAAGUGACCGACAUAAAUUCUUUGUUGCUUGAGACUCAUUGUAGUGUUGAUGUAGUAUUUGUUUGUUUGUUUAGUCUGUGUAUCUGUAUGUUUAUGUUUGCUUCAAACUCAGAUGUAUACUACUAACUUGCAACUUAUGCUGAUACAAACUUUCAUGUGUCA